CGACAGCGGCGGAGCGUUCCUCGGCGGAGAAACAGUAACCCACGUGGCCGUCAUUUGAAACUACAAUUCUUAAAAAAAUGGAGAAUGAAUUGAGCUGCGAGGUCGGUCCCCCUUGUUCGUUGGUGCUGGCAGAUGGCUCCGUUUUUCAUGGACGUAGUUUUGGAGCACAAAUACCCUCAGAGGGAGAAGUUGUAUUUCAAACUGGCAUGGUGGGUUAUCCUGAAUCUCUGACAGAUCCAUCUUACCACGCACAGCUUUUGGUGCUCACUUAUCCAUUAAUAGGCAACUAUGGUGUUCCCGAUGAAGAAGAACGUGAUGAGUUGGGAUUACCUAGGUGGUUUGAGUCAAGUCGUAUUUGGGCAGCCGGGCUAAUUGUUGGCGAAGUAAGCACUAAGUCAUGCCACUGGCGAGCCAAAAGAUCCCUAGGAAACUGGCUUGCUGCACAAAGAGUUCCUGGCCUCUGUGAUAUCGACACUAGAGCCCUCACAUUUAAACUCCGAGAAGGUGUUAUGUUAGGUCGGAUAGUUCAAGGACAACAUUCUGGACCACUUUCUCCUCUAUCUGAUCCCAACAACAGAAACUUAGUCGCAGAAGUGUCAACUAAAGUAAUAAAAACAUUUAACCCUGGUGGUGACAUAACAAUUUUGGCUGUGGACUGUGGAUUAAAAUAUAAUCAAAUAAGAUGCUUGGUGAAAAGAAAAGUAAAAGUUAUUUUAGUGCCAUGGGACCACAAAUUAAAUCCAAAUGAUUAUGACGGCCUCUUUAUUAGUAAUGGUCCAGGUGAUCCAGAAAUAUGUAAAAAAGUCGUCGAAAAUAUAAAAGAUGUUGUGAGCGAGAAGUCACAAACAAAACCUAUUUUUGGAAUUUGUUUGGGUCAUCAGCUUCUUUCGACGGCUAUAGGUUGUAAAACAUAUAAAACAAGUUACGGCAACCGUGGUCACAAUUUACCAUGUACUCAUUAUGAUACAGGAAGAUGUUUUAUGACUUCACAAAACCACGGAUAUGCUGUCGAUGCUAAUACAUUACCUGAAAACUGGAAAAUACUUUUUACCAAUGAAAACGAUAACACAAAUGAAGGCAUUAUACAUAAAUCAAAACCAUUUUUUAGUGUUCAAUUUCACCCCGAACACACUGCAGGUCCUACAGAUUUAGAAUGGCUUUUUGAUAUUUUUGUAGAUUCUGUGAGAAGUUUAAAAAAUAAAAAAGAAUACAUUAUAGAUUUAGAAAUAACAAACAAAUUAAAAUACACAACAAUCGUUAACGAAAGACCGAAGAAGGUGUUAAUUCUGGGUUCAGGCGGUUUAUCAAUUGGCCAAGCAGGGGAAUUUGACUAUUCAGGAUCCCAAGGUGUAAAAGCAAUGCAAGAGGAGAAAAUCCAAACUGUUUUGAUAAAUCCGAAUAUUGCUACGGUUCAAACCUCUAAAGGGCUAGCAGAUAAAGUUUAUUUCUUACCUAUCACUCCAGAAUAUGUAGAGCAGGUAAUAAAGGCUGAACGACCAACAGGAGUUUUGCUUACAUUUGGUGGACAAACUGCUUUGAACUGUGGAGUUGAAUUACAAAAAUCGGGAGUACUUGAAAAAUAUAAUGUAGCUGUUUUAGGAACUCCAAUUCAAUCUAUUGUUGAUACAGAAGAUAGAAAAAUAUUUGCUGAAAAAAUUAAUUCUAUUGGUGAAAGAGUGGCACCUAGUGCUGCAGUGACAUCUGUAGAAGAAGCGCUUUCAGCCGCCUUGGAAAUUGGAUAUCCAGUAAUGGCGCGUUCUGCAUUUUCAUUGGGUGGCUUAGGUUCCGGAUUUGCUAAUAACGAAGAAGAACUCCGAUCUUUAGCCCAUCAAGCAUUGUCUCAUUCAGAUCAACUCAUCAUUGAUAAGUCCCUUAGAGGAUGGAAAGAAGUUGAAUAUGAAGUAGUUCGUGAUGCAUCUGAUAAUUGUAUCACUGUAUGUAACAUGGAAAAUGUUGAUCCAUUGGGUAUACAUACAGGUGAAUCAAUUGUGGUAGCUCCUAGUCAGACGUUAUCUAACAGAGAAUACUAUAUGUUACGAAAUACUGCUAUAAAAGUUAUAAAACAUUUUGGUAUUGUCGGAGAAUGUAACAUUCAAUAUGCCUUGAAUCCAUAUUCUGAAGAAUUUUAUAUCAUAGAAGUAAAUGCUCGACUCUCCAGGAGUUCUGCUCUUGCAAGUAAAGCUACUGGCUACCCACUUGCCUAUGUUGCAGCCAAGUUAGCGCUAGGAAUUCCUUUGCCGAUUAUUAAAAAUUCGGUAACAGGGGUGACUACAGCUUGUUUUGAGCCAAGUUUAGAUUAUUGCGUUGUGAAGAUACCCAGAUGGGAUUUGGCUAAAUUUAACAGAGUGAGUACUAAGAUAGGAAGUUCUAUGAAAAGUGUAGGUGAAGUAAUGUCUAUAGGUAGAAAUUUCGAAGAAGCAUUCCAGAAAGCGUUAAGAAUGGUUGAUGAAAACGUAAAUGGAUUCGAUCCUAAUAUAAAAGCUGUCAAUGAAAACGAACUGAGAGAACCAACAGAUAAAAGAAUGUUUGUAUUAGCUGCUGCAUUAAAAAAAGGAUACACAGUAGAGAAAUUAUAUGAUCUUACCAAAAUAGAUCGUUGGUUUCUGGAAAAAUUCAAAAAUAUUAUUUCUUAUUAUAGUAAGCUGCAAUGUGUUGAAGGUACUACAAUAUCUCACGAACUAUUGAAACAAGCAAAAAAGAUUGGAUUUUCAGAUAAACAAAUAGCUGCAGCCGUUAAAAGUACUGAAGUAGCAGUAAGAAAAUUAAGAGAAGAUUACAAUAUUAUACCCUUUGUAAAGCAAAUAGAUACAGUUGCUGCCGAAUGGCCGGCUUCCACUAAUUACCUUUAUCUGACUUAUAAUGGCAAUUCACAUGACUUAGAUUUUCCUGGAGAAUAUACGAUGGUAUUGGGAUCCGGUGUAUAUAGAAUUGGAAGUUCAGUAGAAUUUGAUUGGUGUGCAGUAGGAUGUUUAAGAGAGUUAAGAAAACAAGGCAAAAAGACUAUAAUGGUUAAUUAUAAUCCCGAGACUGUUAGUACUGAUUACGAUAUGAGUGACAGGUUAUACUUUGAAGAGAUAUCGUUUGAGGUCGUUAUGGAUAUUUACAAUAUCGAGAAACCUAAUGGAAUUAUACUUUCAAUGGGUGGCCAGUUACCCAAUAAUAUUGCAAUAGAUUUACACAGACAGCAAGCUACGAUUUUAGGAACUUCUCCAGAUAUGAUCGACAAUGCAGAGAAUCGUUUCAAAUUUUCGAGAAUGUUAGAUCGUAAAGGUAUUUUACAACCCAGAUGGAAAGAACUUACAAAUCUAGAUUCUGCGAUAGCUUUUUGUGAAGAAGUAGGAUAUCCAUGCUUGGUAAGGCCUUCGUACGUUUUAAGUGGAGCUGCUAUGAAUGUAGCGUAUUCUAAUCAAGAUUUGGAGGCGUAUCUAAAAUCUGCAAGCGAAGUUAGUAAAGAACAUCCUGUAGUUAUAUCAAAAUAUAUUAUGGAUGCCAAAGAAAUUGAUGUUGAUGCAGUUGCAUCAGAUGGACUAAUUUAUUGUUUAGCAGUUUCUGAGCAUGUGGAAAAUGCUGGCGUACAUUCUGGUGAUGCUACACUAGUUACUCCACCACAAGAUAUCAAUAAAGAAACACUAGAAAAAAUAAAAGACAUUGCAAGCAUUAUUGCAGAAACAUUAGAUGUAACUGGACCAUUUAAUAUGCAACUUAUUGCAAAAGAUAAUGAAUUGAAAGUUAUCGAAUGUAAUGUCAGAGUAUCUAGAUCAUUUCCAUUCGUGUCCAAAACUUUGGAUCAUGAUUUUGUUGCAAUGGCUACUAAAGUAAUUUUAGGAAUACCCGUGGAAACUAUUAAUGUUAUGAUGGGCUGUGGUAAAGUUGGGGUGAAAGUGCCUCAGUUUUCAUUUUCUAGACUUUCUGGUGCAGAUGUUACUUUAGGCGUUGAAAUGGCAUCCACUGGAGAAGUAGCAUGUUUUGGCGAAAACCGCUAUGAAGCUUAUUUAAAAUCAUUAAUGAGUACUGGCUUUAGAAUACCUAAAAAAGCCAUUUUACUAUCGGUAGGAACAUUUAAGCACAAAAUUGAACUGCUCCCAAGUGUGAGAGCGUUGCACAAAAUGGGAUAUAAACUUUAUGCUAGUAUGGGUACUGGUGAUUUCUAUAAUGAACAUGGCAUUGAGAUUGAAAGUGUGCAGUGGACAUUCGAUCACAUAGGAGAUCCUGAAGAUGCUAGAGCGGAUGGUGAAUUGAUGCAUUUGGCAGACUUCAUGGCUCGUAGACAGUUGGACUUAGUUAUCAAUUUACCAAUGCGAAGUGGAGCUCGCCGUGUUUCGACUUUCAGCACGCAUGGAUACCGAACUAGAAGACUUGCUGUUGACUAUGCUGUACCUUUAGUGACUGACGUAAAGUGCGCUAAGUUACUAGUACAGGCCUUGACACGAUGCGGUGGUGCACCACAUAUGAAAACUCAUACUGAUUGUAUGACAUCUAGAAAUAUUAUCAAACUUCCUGGCUUUAUCGAUGUGCAUGUACAUGCCCGUGAACCUGGUGCAACUUACAAAGAAGAUUUUAAUUCAUGUACAGCAGCCGCAUUAGCUGGAGGUAUAACGAUGAUAUGUGCAAUGCCAAAUACAAACCCUCCUAUUGUAGAUCGAGCUGCUCUAGAAUACUCGUCAGCUUUAGCCAGAGUUAGUGCCCGGUGUGAUUAUGCUCUUUUUGUAGGAGCUUCUUCUACAAAUUAUGAUACAGUUGCAGAGUUAGCACCACAAGCAGCUGCAUUAAAAAUGUAUCUCAAUGAGACCUUUACGACCUUAAAACUUGAUGAUAUGACUAUAUGGCAGAAACACCUUCAAAAUUGGCCUAAGAAAAUGCCUAUUUGUGCCCAUGCGGAACGAGAAAAAACAGGUGCUAUUAUUUUAAUGGCCUCAUUGCUUGAUCGCCCUAUACAUAUUUGUCAUGUAGCUCGGAAAGAAGAGAUUUUAAUUAUCAGAGCUGCUAAGGAAAGAGGGUUAAAAGUAACUUGUGAAGUAUGUCCUCAGCAUCUGUUUCUGAGUACGGAUGAUAUUGACCGCAUUGGCGCAGGCCGUGCAGAAGUUCGCCCUAUUUUGUGUAGCCCUGAAGACCAAACAGAGUUAUGGAAUAACAUAGACGUCAUUGAUAUUUUCGCUACUGACCAUGCGCCUCAUUCAGUUGAAGAGAAAAACUCAGUUAAACCACCGCCAGGUUUUCCAGGCUUAGAAACUAUUUUACCAUUACUACUUAAUGCAGUGCAUGAAGGUCGUAUUACAAUGGAAGAUCUAAUUAAUAAAUUUCACCGUAAUCCUCGUAAAAUAUUCAAUCUCCCUGAACAACCAAAUACCUAUGUUGAAGUUGAUAUUGAUUAUGAAUGGACUAUACCUUCUGCUAUGGAGUUUUCAAAGUCAAAGUGGACCCCUUUUGCUGGUAUGAAAGUAUGUGGAGCAAUUCACCGUGUUACUCUGCGAGGCGAAAUCGCUUAUGUUGAGGGUCAGAUACUUGUACCUCCAGGGUUUGGUCAAAAUGUACGAGAGUGGCCCGUACCUAAAAAACAACUAUUCCCGGUGUAUGCAAUUGAGAAGAUUGAAAAAGAAAUAACAAGCCGUCCAAAUUCUGCAUUAGAUUUUCAUGCUGGGGAAUUAAGUCGUUUAAGUGACUUUGAAUUAGAUCAAAUUGACGUGAAACCUGAUGUUCAAAACAAAUUAAAUGUUCACUUCAAUGAUGUUGCCGGAUUACGCAGUGGUUCACCAUUGCCUCAAACAAAUUCAAUGAGACAAAGAUGUGAUAGUACAUCUAAUUAUAACCCACCUGCAGCAGCACCAUCAAAUCGUCAGCGUAGUGAUCUUUUUGGUAAAAGUAUUUUAACCGUUGAUUCCUUUAGUAAAGAAACACUGAACGAUAUAUUUAACUUGGCACAAUUUAUGAAAACUAGCAUCACUAAAGGUCGUUAUUUAGAUGAUAUUUUAAGAGGAAAAGUAAUGUCUUCAAUUUUCUAUGAAGUUAGCACACGUACAAGUUGUAGUUUUGCAGCUGCAAUGCAGAGGUUAGGUGGAUCAGUCAUUCACACUGAUGCAACAAGUUCUUCAGCAAAAAAAGGAGAGACGCUAGAAGACAGUGUCGCAGUUAUGGCUAGUUACUCUGAUGUUGUUGUACUUCGUCAUCCUGAACCUGGUGCCGUAGCAAGAGCUUCGAAGCACUGUCGUAAGCCAAUUAUAAACGCAGGUGAUGGAGUAGGAGAGCAUCCCACUCAAGCUUUGCUCGAUGUGUUCACUAUAAGAGAAGAAAUUGGAACUGUCAAUGGUCUCACAAUAACCAUGGUCGGAGACUUAAAGAAUGGUCGCACGGUACACUCUCUUGCUCGACUUCUUACGUUGUACCAAGUCCAACUUCAGUAUAUUAGUCCUCCGGGAUUAGGCAUGCCUAAACAUAUUAUGGAAUAUGUUGCAAAAAGAGGAAUUUCUCAAAAAGUUUAUGACAGAUUAGAAGAUGUAUUGAGUGAAACACACGUCUUAUAUAUGACCAGAAUCCAGCGAGAAAGAUUUAACAGUCAGGAAGAAUACGAAAAGAACCGGGGUCUGUUAGUUGUUACGCCCCAACUGAUGACUCGUGCACGCAGACGCAUGAUCGUAAUGCAUCCCCUCCCACGCGUCGACGAGAUAUCCGCUGAAUUCGAUUCUGAUCCUCGCGCCGCCUACUUCCGUCAAGCAGAAUAUGGCAUGUAUGUACGGAUGGCGCUGUUGGCUAUGGUAGCCGGUGUAAAUCCUCUUGUAUAAUUUUUAAAAGGACAAAAAUUUAUAAAAUAUUUAUUAUUGAUUUCUUUAAAUAAGAAAAACCUCAGUGAUUACAUUAGGUUUAUUUAAUCAGAAGAAUAGAAUUAUUUUUUAGUUAUUCAAAUUUUUUUAAAAUAAGCCACAUAAAACUUGACACAUGUUUGAGAAAACUAUAUUUCCUUGUACAAAUAGCUAUACUACGAGUAUGAAACAAAAGAAUUGUUAUUUGUUGGACUGUCGCUACUUAAGCUACAAUGACAUAUUGCAUCAAACGGACAUCUUAUUCUAUGAUAUUUACAAUAAGAUACAAUAAAUAUGGCUCAACAAUGCACCUGCGCAGAAGGCUAAAUUUCAAAGCUCCUCAGAUGUCAACCAAUGAGAUUGAUAUAAGUAUAGCGCUAUUGGAUUAUCCGUGCGCACUACUCCGGCCGAGCGUGAUACCUAAUGCAUUGUAUUUUACACCUUAAAAUUGUUAAAACAAGGCUCAUUAUACAUUUUUGUCGUUCGUUCGAUCAUACUUUUAAUUGAUAGAUUUGCUCUGCGCAAACGAAAAUUCACCUUGCGCCAUAUUAAUUGGAACUUACUGUACAUAAAUUAUUAUAUUAAAAUCCUUGUAAAUCAAAUUACCUUUAGGCGUAAUUUUUUUCUUUUGCAUAAUGUUCUAAUAAUGUAUUGAUAUAUUGUAAUUGUGUUUGUUUUUUUUUUAUGUUGUACACCAACCUAAAUUGGGGACAUAAGGUACCUACCUAAAGAUAUAAUUUUUGAUGUUUAUACCUAAUUAUUUUCAUAAAUUACAUAAGAAAACGAAAUGUGUUUCGUGUACAAAUUGUAAAAUGAUGUUAAUGAGGG